CAGAGCGACCGAAGCGGAGAACCGAGAACUCUCUAUAAGUAUUUUUGAGGAUAGCGGAGCGUUCCAGAAGUUCGCUGCAUUACCCAAUAGCGUUCUUAUUGUUUCCGCCGUGAAAAAUACUUUCCUAUUCCGCUCAUAAUGCCGAAGAUAAGUGUUAAGGAUGUUAGUCAGCAGGAGUUUGUCCGAGAACUCGCCAACUAUCUCAAAAAGAAAGGACAGAUAAAGGUACCAGAAUGGGUCGAUGUUGUCAAGACUGGGCGAUUUAAGGAGCUGGCGCCUACGGAAGAUGACUGGUUUUACACAAGAACCGCUUCCAUCGCAAGACGAUUGUACAUUCGAUUCCCUACUGGCAUUGGUGCUUUGGCACGGACUUAUGGAGGUCGUAAGCGAAACGGUGUUACACCUGCACAUUAUUGUAUCGCCUCGUCCUCAGUAAUCCGUAAGGCGGUGCAGCAGCUGGAAGCCUUGAAACUUGUGGAAGUCGAUCCAGAGAAUGGGGGUCGCCGGCUAACCAGUCAGGGAAAACGGGAUUUGGAUCGUAUUGCACAUCAAGUGUGGAAGAAAUCCAAGCAGACUGAACAGCAGUUUUGAAUUCUCCGUCUUCGUUGAGCUACGUAGAUAUGAUCAUUUUUGAUGUCUGAAUUUAUAGAACGCUGUGCGCUAAACGGGACUGAGCGAGAAGGAAAUAAAGAUUCUUGCUGCUG